AUGUUUGCCCUGUAUCUGGAUAUCCAGAAGGGAAAAAUACUAGACGAUCUUGACGAAACUGAAGCACGAGGUCGGUGGAAGAGCUUCAUUGGAAAAUGGAACCGCUGCGAGCUAUCAGAAGGUUGGUAUGACCCGUCAACCUACCAAAAAGCUGUGGCGGCAGCUUCAGAAGUUGAACCAGAAUCACGUGAUUCCGAACCACCACCUCGCGAUGCUCCUAAACAGCGGUAUCAGAGAGACGAGCCGACCAGACGGGAAGAUUCAGAGAGUAGUAACGAUGAUUCUGUUGGCCCUGCUCUCCCUGGUCAGGAAGGGCGACAUGGGAGGGGUCGGAUGGGACCUAGCAUCCCCAAUAUGCAAGAUCUGGAACUGAGGCGAGAAAACGAGUCUGAAGAAGCCUAUACCCGGCGAAAAGAGCAGCGUGAAGAUAUGAAGUAUGCACGCGAACUUGAUCGUAAGGGGCAAAAGGAGGCGCUUGAUGAACUGGUCCCCCGUGCCGAAGCUGGAACGCGAGAGAGACAGCUCGAGAAGAAGCGCGAAAAGAAUGAGACGAUGAAGUCUUUCAGAGAGAAGUCGCCUGGAGCGGCAGAAGUACCCGAGAGCGAGUUAAUGGGCGGUGGGGAUAGCUUGGGUGAGUUUAAAGCUAAGAAGCAAGAGUUUGAGAGGAAGAAGAAUGAUAGGGAGCUGAGGAGAGAGGAGAUGCUUAUGGCGAGGGCGGCGGAGAGAGAUGAGCGAUUGCAGGAAUACAGGGAGAAGGAAGAUAAGACAAUGGCGAUGCUCAGGGGAUUGGCAAGGCAGAAUUUUGGAGCAUAA